AUGUUGGUAAAGAGGGGUUAAAGGGGCGGAGCCUACGGAUCUGGAGAUUUGUGAUAAGUGAUAUUUCCAAACAAUUUUAAGAUUGGAAAGUGAUAAAAUUCACCUUAAAACACAAAAUAAACAAGAAUCAUCGAAAAACCGGAAAAUUUUGAGCAUUUUCAACUUUUCAGAACACCUCCUUGGCCUCGAAAAUCGGCGAGCUGACCGCGGAACUGACGACGGCCUACCAGACGUCCAAAACGUUUGAAGAUGAAAAUUUGGAGCUCCUGGAGCAACUGAAAGCGAUAAAACAAGAAGCGUCCCGGCCGGUCACCCUCGAAUCGCUGGAAGAGAACUUUUAUCGGAAAAAGUUUGAGGAAUGCAGUCAGCAGUGUGAGUUGAAUUGAUCUGAAGUGUUGUAACUUUGAAGAGCUACAGUAGCCUUAGGAGUUGUGUUAUUAAAAAGUGGCCAACUACAAAAGUACAGUACCGGACAUGAACUACAUUUUCCUAGUUGACAAUAUUUUUGUGCUACCACUCCUAAGCCUACUGUAGCUGUUCAAAGUUGCAGCACUCAAAACGCAUGCCAAUUGUGUCCUAACUUCCAAGAGCUACAGUAGUCCAGAAAUUGAUAGUAUAAAAAAGUGGUGAACUACAAUAAUACUCUACUAGGUCACAACAGUUUACCUAACAACUUUUGGGGACCAUCAAAAACAUUUGGACCCUGAUAGAUACCCUUAAAGUUGACAGUUUUGUUUUUCAACGAAAACACAAAAGUUGCACAUUUUUCUAGUAGAACAAAUGGAGAACAAAUGGACAGAGGAGAAGAACAACUUUGCGGCGUUCAAGAAGAAAACGAGCGCGAGCAUGAAGGAAUUGAGGGCCGAGCUCAGCGGAUACCGACGGACGGCCCCGCAUUCCGGCGAUCAGGGACCGUGUCUGGCGCCACGUGGCAGUUCCGAUCCUUCGAUGUCAUCGAGAUCCAGGGCCAGUUCGAUAACGAGCGAUGACAGAGUUACGGUACGUUUUUUUGAGCUGUAAUAGUGCUUUGAAGUCUAGAAAACUCAAACGUUUGAAAAGUUCCCAUACAGAGCUGAAUGUCAAACUUUGAACGAGUAUUGUAGACUUUGGAGACGUCCUAUCGUUCUGAAAAAUUGCAUACGUAAUUUUGGCAUUUAGUACUGUAUUUUUGUAGUUGACAACGUUUUUGUACAACCACUCCCUGGAGUACUGUAGCUCUUCAAACUUGGGACACACUAGAAGCCAUGAAAACUUGCAGCCCAACUUUCAAACACUAUAGUACCUUUAAAAGUGAUGGUAAAAAAAAGUGGUCAACUACAAAAAUAUCGUACCAGACAUGUACUUCAACUUUAUAGUUGAUCACUUUUUUGUACACCCCCGCAUAAAACCAUUGUAGCUGUUCAAAGCUUUGCGGACCUUUCUAUCUCUACAAACCGUAUCCCAAUCCUUCCCAAGAGCUACAGUAAUCUUGGAGAAUUGUUUACUACGCAUAUUGUUGUUUUCUUUGAACAGGUGCACAUGUGUUCACUCGAAAACAACGACGAACAAGGAGGUGUGGUUGUAAUCUCACCCAUAUUCCCGAGACAAUGCUCUUGGGAAGAGCUACAGCACCCCUGAGAGUGGCGGUACAAAAAAGUUGUCAAUUACAAUAAUGCAGUAAUAAACAUGUACUAUAACUUUGUAGUUGACAACUUAUCGGUAUGUCUACUCUGCAGGUUACUGUACCUCUUAGAACUUGGGAUACAAUUGGGAGUACUAUAACUUUGAAGAGCCACAGUAGCUUUAGAAGUUGUUCUAUAAAAAAGUGGCCAACUACAAAAAUAUAGUGCUAGACAUUUACUUCAACUUUGUAGUUGACAAUUUUUCGUUAAAACCACUCCGAAGGCUACAAUUUCAGAGCAAUUCGCGGGAAGAAGAAGUCUCGUCAGCGGCCGGCGAAGAAGCGAAGCGACAAGAAGAGCAAGUGCAAAAACAGAAUGUGCAGCAGAUAAUGAUCGAUAAAAUCGUUAUUCUGCAGCGGAAAUUGGCCAGACGCACCGAAAAGUGCGAAUUUCUCGAGGAGCACGUUCGGCAGUGUCUGGAAGAGCUGCAAAAGAAGACCAAGUGAGUACGGUAGCGAACUUUUGAACGGUGACAGAUAGAAAAAAGCGCCAAAAGGGAAAAGGUGUCGAAAAGUGAUUUGCUAUUUUCAGAAUCAUCCAACACUUUGCACUCCGCGAAGAAGCGUCACUUUUGAUGCCUUCCGAAGGAUCUCUCGACAAGGUUUGACCCUUUUUCAUCAACUUUCACAGAAAAAACCGCCCCGUUUCCAGCUUUUCGCAACUUGCGAAUUCGUCCAAGUGAGUCCUCGUUGUUUCCGUUGUAGUGCCCUUUAGUGUGGUCGUUUAGAAACCGAAGAAGCGAAAUGAAAACAACUUUUUCGCACACUUUUUCAGGUGCCAAUCGUACGAAAAAGCUCCGCUUACGCUCUAAUGGGCGCCAUGUUCACGGGCGGCGAAAAGAAGCAGACGCAGAUUUUGACGGAAGUCAACUCGCGUCUACAGGCCGUUCUCGAAGAUGUCAUCCAGAAAAAUAUUUGUAUGCGGGUCAGUUUUUUGGUUUACAAAAGUACGUGGGUCUCGCCACGAAAAACGACAAACGUUUUUGUCUGAAAAUCAACUAGAAGUAUCGAUUUUCUCUUUUUCUAACCACUGUCCAAGUUUGGUGUGAAUCUGAUCAUUUACCGAUGAGUUGGAGCACUUUAAAGUCACCGGAAACGUUUUGAAUAUUGACCCUGCGCCUUUAACCUACCGUACCCUUCGUGGCGAGACCCGUCGAACCUUCAAAGCGAAAUAACUCGCCGCAAAAUGCUCCGUUUGACAUCAAACUUGGACACUGGUUAGAAAAUGUGAAAACUUAUAAAAUUAAGACGGAUAUUUUGUGAUUUCAGAGUUCCGUGGACACGCUGACCGCCGACAACACUCGUUUGUCACGUGAGAACCGUCUGCUGAGCCUGUCGCAAGUACGGACCCAAGAUCAAUAA